AGAGGUAUUUAGAUCUCAUGAAUAGGCUUAAUGCGUGCCUUAGAAAUUGUCACGAUGUCGUGACAAUAAGUAAAUUUACAUGGGCAGGUCACCACCAGAGCUGUCAAUACUAACGAAGGCAAUUUAAAUGCCUCACUACCAAAGUUGUAAGUGAAUUACCAGGACAGCAUAAAGGGUGCAGUUGAUAUGCAGCCAGUGUCGUAACCUGAAUGUCUGGCCUUAAACAGUAUCUGAACUUGACCUUCCCGUGGCUGGGUGGUGCAUAGCGCCGUCCUCUCUCCCAGAUGGAGCCCGCUCGCCGCUCGCCGCUCGCCGCUCCGCGCACAGUGCGCGCCGCGCCGUCGCUGGCUCCGUACCGCACGCCGCCAUCCGCAAUAUUUAUAUCCUUUCGGGGGAUGAUCACAAAUAGAAUGUUAGUGUGAACUCGGCUCGUCUUCCAUCAAACACGGCUGUAAUGUGGUUAGUGAUGUGUUCUAGGAUCUAUUUACAACGAAUUUUAUGAUAGUAUAUCUAACCUGUAAGUUUACCUCCUCUAUACAAUAAACGUUAACCAUUGAGCGUAGAAUGAAACAGAUAUAUUUAUAAGGAAUCGGGUGGAGCUUGAGCAUGGCGUACUACCGCUGCGGGCCGACCGCCAUCGGCAGCCGCACGUCCUGGGGGCCCGUCACCUCGCCCACCUCCAUGGAGACCAAGAGCUUCGAUAGACCACUGAGCGGAAACUUCGACAGAAUAUUUAAUGCCUUUGAGAGGACGAACGCCUUCGAGUACAUAAGAAACUCUUUCGAAGGAGGGAAGGAAGAGGAAGAGCGUCACAUCGGCCACAGCGACAUCGUGGUGAACAGGAAGAUGAGCAGCAGCUUCGAGCGCGCCGACUGCGCGCUGGCGGCGCAGACGCCCUGCUCCGAGGACGAGGACUUCUACCGGGAGAAGAUCCUGUACUCGCAGGCGCGCCAGCUGUUCCCGCUGCAGGAGGACCUCGCCGACUGGAUCAACAAGACCAUCGGUAUAACGUACCUGUCCGGGGAGAACUUCCUGGACGUGCUGGACAACGGCGUGGAGCUGUGCCAGCUGGCCGCCGUCAUCCACGACCGCGCGCGCGAGGCGCUCGACCAGGGCCUCAUAGUUGGGGCGGUGCCUCAGAUCCGCGGGCGGUGCUGGCAGCGCGCGGCGCGGCGCAGCUUCUUCUCGCGCGACAACACCGAGAACUUCAUCACGUUCUGCCGCGAGCUGGGCGUGCACGAGAACCUGCUGUUCGAGAGUGAUGACCUUGUGCUGCACAACCAGCCGCGGCAGGUGAUUCUGUGCCUGCUGGAGGUGGCGCGGCUAGCCACGCGCUACAACGUGGAGCCGCCGGGGCUGGUGCAGCUGGAGAAGGAGAUCGCGCUGGAGGAGCGCGACUCCGGCCUCGACUCCGCCAUGUCCACCACCGCCUGGCAGUUCCGCGACGCCUCCCCGCUGCCCACGGACAAGUCCAACAAAGAUUCAACACCUGCCAAGAAAGAUUCCAAUGACACACAACAGCUAUCAGUCGAAGACAACGCAGACGCCGAGAGCACCAAGUCCGAGGGCACCGUGGCCAGCACCGACUCUGACGUGCCGCUCAAACCUACUAAUGAAUUGGAUAAGAGGGUGCAGCUAGUGACACGUCUGAUGGAGCGCGGCUGCAGCUGCAGCUCUGGCAAGUGCUCCAAACUAUUGAAGGUCAAGAAGGUCGGUGAAGGCCGCUACAACAUUGCGGGUAGAAAUGUUUUCAUCCGGCUGCUGAAGGGUCGCCACAUGAUGGUGCGCGUGGGCGGCGGCUGGGACACGCUGGAGCACUUCCUGUCGCGCCACGAGCCCUGCCAGGUGCGGCUGGUGACGCCGGGCCGCCGCGCCGUACUGCCGCUGCCCGCGGACCCCGCCCCGCUCCCCGCCCCGCCCCUCACCCCGCCACCCGCCCUGACCCGCGCCUCCCCCCGCGCUUCUCCCACGCACGAGCCCUCCGCCAACGGCACCAUCUCACCCAUAGACAGCAAGGCUUCCUCCAUCAGUGGCAAAACCUCACCUGUAGAGUUACGCAGUGGCAGGUCCACCCGCGCCUCUAGUAAAGCCAGCAGCGGCAAGAGCUCCCCGCUUCCUGAUUCUAGACGCACUUCCACCCCCAACAAGCCGGCCGCCGCCAGGAGCCUGCGAUCCGCUUUGACCUUGCCGCUCCGAGCAGACUCCGUGGAUGGCCGUCAGCCAAAGUCUCCAGCCCCGCGCACCAGGAAGCAAUCUGCGCCUUCGAGCUUCAGCACUCCCAACACGCCCACCGGCAGAUCAGUUAGAACGCCGCCGGUAGAGCACAGAAAAUCAUUCACAUCCACUUCCUUCACUAACGCACCUAAAAAGUCCCGCAGUAUGAGUCUAGCACACGUGCAGAAAGAUGAGAAAAGAACUUUCUGUGGCACCGAGAGGCUCAACCAGGUCAAGAAGAAUAGAAGCACUAGCGCCGUCAGCACGCCGACAGACGCGGGGGCUCGCAAGGCCCGCAGCCAGAGCCUCGCCUCCACACCUGUCAACGAGCCGAAGAAGACAUUUAACGGCACGAACGGUUUCCCAAAAAAGACACGCAGCAUGAGCCUGGCAACCCCGACUGAUUUCAAGCCUCUCAACAAGAGUAUUUCUAUAAACGGAGCGAUGACGCAGGCCGCCAUCGAGGAGAGCAUCAGGUUGUCGCUGGCGGCGAGCAUCGCCGACGACAACUCCUCUAAGAAACCUUUUUUGCACAUCAAAGCCAAAUACCGGAGUCCCCCGCCGCGGGAGGUGCCCCCCAGAUAAUCGCGAGCCCGGCUAUUCAUCAUUCCAUUAGUUUUAAAGUUUGACACUUAACUACGCAUCGUAAUAAAGUUCAAUUAGUUUGGUUACUCUAAGCAUUAUUUAGAUCUCUUAACUGAGCAAUCUCAUGUUUAUCAUCUCUUAGUAUUUAAGUAGUCGCUCUAAUUUAAACCACACAUUCAUGCACUCCAUCUGUACGGGAGAACUAGUCAUAAUGAAUUUGUUAUUGUAAUUAUAAUGAUACGCUACAAUAUAGUAUAAUGAUAAUUGUUCCAACUGCAAUAUUGUAUCUAAUAAUUUUCAUUAUUUUUAAUUUUAGUUCUGAUUUUUUUAUUUUAUCUUCUUUAAUUUUACUUGAUGUGUGAUAUAUUUUAAAGAUUCGCAUUUCUUUUAUUUAAAUAAAGUUAAGUGAUUAUGGUAGAUUUGGUUUUGAGUUUUGUUUAUUUUAUUUAAUAAUUUGAUUCGUCUCUCAAUAAAAUGUGAUAUUGUAACAUAGAUCGUAAUGACGCGAUCCUUACUAUCAUAUUUGAUUGUUUGACUGUCGGUACUUGAUUAUUGUUAGUGUUCAGUGGCGCACGUUAGUCAUAUAGUUAGGGUAGUAUAACAUACAAUUGUGGCCUCUCACGCACAUGCGACCUCCACGGUACAAAUAAUGUUGUUUAGUCCACACAAGGUAUAUUUUCAUACGAGACGAUAGAACAUAUUUUUGCACUGACGUUAGUUAUACUAGCACUAGAUAUACACUAUUUGGGUCCUCAGACAUUAAAAUACUGUGUUCAUAAUCAUAAUCCUAUGGUGGUAUUAAUAGGCAUAGCGUUGUAUGAAUAAUUACUUGUUAAUCCGACAGUUUAUUAUAUUUCUAAUUCGCUUUAUCUUAACUAGUAUCUACUUAUUAUAAGAAAUUUUAACUUACCUCGUGUAAUUGACCUCUUUGUCAUUUAACUUUGCACCAGCCGCGUCGUAUUUAAUUUAUCUCUCAGCUAUAUUAUGGACGAUAUAUUUAGACCUAGGGCGUUAGAAUUUGACAGAUGUCUUCCACGACACCAGAACAGCCAGAACUUUGAACUCUUUCUCUUUUCGUGUAGACCAGAUUUAGGAAAACAAAAGUAUACGGCAUCAUAGGCCAGCACGUUGACAAUAAUUAGUCGAUGUUUAGAACCGUGUGUAAUGAAAAAAAUAAUAUUAAAUUUUUAUGCACCAAUUAGUAACCGCCUGUAACAGUGGGUACCGCCUUUUUCCGCAGAGUAUAUUCCCAGUCGUCACUAAGUAAUUAAUAUAUCACAUCAGUACGUUAUCGUUAUAGUAUCGUUUUGGUCUUAUUGACGUCUAGCGUAGUCAUUAGUCUUGGGUCAGAAUUACAAAUGAUAAUCAAGAAAAUAAGGAGCUUAGAAUUAUACAUAUUCCACAAGUGAUAUAUUCUAUGUAACUGCCAAUCUACCUACCAGCAACACUGUGCCAACGGUUAAGUUAUAUGUACGGUUGUUAAUAAACAUUUUGAUAUUCAAUAG